AUGGCGCAGCAAUUUGUGGUAAUCUGGAGUGUAUUCCUGUAUGCUUCCUGUUUGCUAUUGUAUUGUUGUAACGCUGUACCACAACAACAACAACAGCAACAAUACCAACAACAAGCCACUAAAGCGCCUUUGGCCGACGUCAACAAUGUAGUUGAGGUUGGCGGUCAAAUGGGCGCUGUCGUGGGAGGCGGUAUGGUACCUGCUGCGAGCGUAAAUGUGAAGGAGGAACGUGUUUAUCAUCCUGCGGCCGUAACCAAACCGAGAGUCAUUGACCAAUAUGAUCAUCGUUCUUUGGAUGGACACUUUGAGUACAGGUAUUUACUGAGCAACGGUGAGGCUCGCUAUGAACGUGCUUAUUGGCUGCCUGCCGGCAAGAGUAUGGUACUCGCACGCAAGGGAUACUACUCUUAUCCAUUAUCGCACGACAAAUUCCUAACCGUGUUUUAUACAGCUGAUCAAAAUGGAUAUCGGCAGGAUUCAGCUACAUAUAGCAGGGCUCAACCAACCCUGCCGCGUAGUAUCGAAGUGCCUGAAUAUGCACCUUCAUCGGUGUAUGCAACUCAAGCGCCAGUAUCACCUCAUUCAGCUCACCAGCAUGUUUACUCCCAUGCCACAACGCAACGUCCAUAUAUAAAGCCGACUGGUAAUCCAUUCUUGCAAAUAAACUCAGCACCACCAAGGCAGCCAGCAUCAGUGAAUCAAGCAGCAGUGCACCAACAAAUUGGUGCUCAAGGUCAAUCAUUAUCAGGUCAACAAUCGCAAGUUCAUCACUCAUCCGCUUAUGCACCGAGUGCAGUACACUCAGCGGUUGAAAGCCCCUACCCGUCUGCAGUUCAUUCAUCUCAUGUAGGUCAUCAUUCAUCGGGAAUUCAUUCUACAGCGGGAAUUUCACACGCACCGUCGGUAUCACCACAUUCACCGUCUGAAGUGCAUAAGCCAGUAGGCGUUCCAUCGGCUCCUAGUCAAGUUCAACACACAUCUGGAGUAUAUUCGCCUGUUGGCGUGCUAUCUAACUCAAAUAUUAUUUCCUCUGCCGGUAUUUAUCCUUCAUCAGUAGUCCAGACACAAGCUGGAAUUCCUUCAUCAUCGUCAGCUCAUGCAUCUUCUAAUGUUCACCAUUCAUCUGCAGUGCAUUCACAUGGAGAAGCUCAUUCAUCUGUUCUUCCCGCUUCUCAAGUGCACUCUUCAACUGGUGGUCACUCCUCUGUGAGCUCUUUGGGAGGCUACCGCAUCUCAUUCUUCUUCGCCCGCUCACUCAUCUGCAUCACCUCACACCGAAACAGUAGUACCCUCACAAACUCAUUCACCGUCUAUUCAUCACGCACCAGCUCAUCCCUCUUCUCAAGUGCACCAACAAUAUCCAUCAGUUGCUCAUGUCCCCUCAGCUCACCACUCGGCCAUAGCUCACUCAACAACCGCCGCUCCUUCGGUUCCAGUUCAAUCAUGGCAUUAUAA